AUGUCAAAUUAAGAUGAGUUAAAAAGACUUAUGGAAGAAAAAAGAAGAUAAAAAGUAUCUUAAGUUGAAUUACCUAAAAAUGCUUAAUUGAUGGAUGGAAAAAUAAUCUGUGUGGAAUGUGAAUCAAUUAAUGAGACUCUUACAGAUUUCAAGAGACAUCUGAUUGGAUAAAGACAUAAAGAUGCUUUGUAAGUAUUGAAAAGAAAUGCUUAAAUAGAUGUAAAUAGAUUAGAGAAUGAAGCAUUUCGAGAAGAGAAAAUGAAAAAACAAAAAUUAACUAAACAAUAAAUCGAUCGAAUAAAUAAGGAAGUUGAUUAAGAAUUUGCUGAAAUUGAGUAAAUCACUUAUGAGAAGAAGAAUUAAAAUGAAUUGCCUGAAGAUUUCUUUGAUUAAAUUGAAGUAGAAACAAAAAUACAAUAGUAAUUGUAAGAAGAGUAAUUAAAGAAAAUUAAAUAAUAAAACGAAGUAGUAGAUGAAGAUAUUGAUAUUUUGAAUGAGAAGUAAGACAUUCAAAAAAGAAGAGAAAGGAUUUUAAAGAAUAGAAGUUUGAAAUAAAAGAAAGUUGAACUUGAAUUCAAUGAGGAUGGACCAUUAGAAACAGAUUUUUAAUUAAAUUGGAAAUAGAAAGGUAAUAAUUGA